UCCCCAGCGAGCCAAGUCCACAGACGAGUGAAGCUCAAGAUGUCGAUGAACAUUGAUCAACCGCUCGAUACCGUCAUCGCUGAGAAGCGGAAGAACAACAGGAGCAAGCGAGGCGGUCGUGGACCUCGCAAUACCGCUGGAACGGGCGGCGCUGCACCCUCUGCCCCGUCUGCUCGUGAUCGCUAUGCUGGCAGUGCUCCUGCGUCCAACAAGCAAGCCGCCAAAGGUCAGACCGGCUCGGGCGCCGUCGGUCUCCCCAGCGGCUUGGACGGUCACAAGAUCAUCGUCAGCAACCUGCCGGACGACGUCACCGAGAACCAGAUCAGAGAGCUUUUCAGCUCGACCGUCGGACCCUGCAAGUCCGUCUCGCUCUCGUACGACUCCAAAGGCAAGAGCAAAGGCGUUGCUACCAUCGAGUUCACCAAGCGAGGCGAUGCUACCGUGGCCUAUCAGAGCUACAAUAAGCGUCUCGUCGACGGAAAGCGCCAGAUGAAGGUCGAGAUCGUCGUCGACCCCCUCAAGGCGCCCGCUAAGCCUCUAGCCGACCGCAUGGGUCAAGCACCAGCCAAAGCAAGCGCUACCAACAGCGGUCAGGAGAGCAAAGGUAGAUCGGGAGGCGCCAACGGCACCGAAGCCAAGCGCGGAACAGGCAGCAAGAGGGGCCGCGGCGGUCGUGGCGGCCGCGUUGCUCGAGCACCAAAGACGGUAGAAGACCUUGACGCAGAGAUGGAGGAUUAUCUCUCGACACAGAACACUACUGCUGCUGCCUAGGACCAUCGCACACCCAAAGAAUGUACGCAAGCUGUAUGACUCGCACCUGAUCUCGCGCUCAUCUCUGGCGAUUUCACACAGCGGAUGGCCUUCUUCGUUUGUACAACUAGUUAUGCGAAUACAACCAGAUCUCGGUGAUUCGCUACAGCUGAG